CAACAUACCUGGUCCAGAAGGGCUACGCACCUGCAACAAUGAAAAACAUGUUGACCAACGUGACUAUGUUUUUCAAGCACAUUGAAAAGUCCUUCCUGAGUAAAGGCAAGCUCAAACAGAAUGAAUUAAAAACAAUUCUGCACGAGUUGAAGAGGAUCCAGGCUGAGAUUCAAAGACUACGGGUUCAUUCUCGGCAAAAGCGGUUGUGUCGUAAAACAGAUGAUCAGCUUCAUGCAGUUCAGCAAAGUGCUUUCAUGACAGCUGCCAGGGAAAACAUUCCUAAAUUGUUUGAACAACUGGAGAGCAGUGGAAAUCAGAAGAAUGAGCAUUCUAAGCUAAUGGGCUACAUCAUGGGCUACCUGUGCACCCUCACCGGACACAGAUCGGUUGUCCUCACCAACAUGACAAAGGAAAAUGUGGUCAACUUUGUCUGUUGGAAUCAUGGCAAGAGAUUCCAAGUUCUGAUUGACGACCAGAAAACCAUGCAGUCAUUUGGUCAGGCUGCAUUCAACCUAAAUGAGGAGGAAUUUAGGUGGCUGGAAAACCUUGUCAACUCCAAGUGCUGUCCCCAAGGUCAGACCAGUGAUUAUGUUUUCCACACAACAUUUGGAAAAAAGAUCGCUAAGGCCGAGAACUUCCUUCAUCUGGCUUGGGCAGACUGUGGAAUGAAGGGCACAUUCAUCUUUCCCAAGAUCGAGAGCAGUCUUUCUACUCAAAACAGCCUUCCUCCUGCUCCUCCUCACACGUCCAGGAGGGAAUUGGAUUUCUUAAGUGAAGAAUCUGCAGUCUCAAAAAUACAUGUCUACACACCUUCAAAGUGUUUUUGUGUUAUUGAGAAGUUGCGGCCAGCAGUUGCUGACUAUUAUCUCAUCAAAGCAAAUCUUUCCAAUGCCCUGCCGAGGCAAGCACCCCUUGCCGACCCAAAGAACAUACCUGCGCACCUGGCUGAGCAGAGCACCAGGUUCCAAGCAGCACAGAAAGUUCAGGAGGAACCAAAUAGAGCCCCUGAGCCCCUCACUGCCAAGACCACAGAUGAGUACCCAACUGAGCAGGUCCCAGGGAAAGUGUCAGCACCCCUGAGCCUCGUGCAGCAGACUCCCAACUGCAUGCUAGAAACACAAGAGAAGGAUGAACAAAGCCCUUCGAGACAGGACCCAGGGUGUGUUCCAGAUCCUAUGAUCCAGGAGACAACAGAGUUGAUACCAGAAACACCUGAAGACCAGAUGCCACAAACCCAAGCAGAGGAGGUUCAGAAGCCCUAGCCAGGCAGGACCCUGGCAUGUGCUCAAAAACCCAUCAUGCAGGUGACACAGGAGUUGAUACCAAGAACGCCAUCAGAGGAGGUGUUUAGGGCAUGUUCCUUGUUACAAGAAAGUAAAACACAGUGCCCCAAAGAUGUGAUUAGCUCUGGUUGGGAAUAAUCAUGUUUAAGAGUUUUAGAGUAAUAUGUUCAUUUAUCUUUAAAAGGAGAAAGAAUGCUGACGCUUUGAUUUAUUUAAUUUUUUUGUUUAUAAUUUACAGUUUCUCUUUUUGUUAAAUUGCAAGUUGGUCUAGGUAGUCUGUUACACACACACUUGCUCACACGCACAAGCACACAGGUGCACAUGCACAGACAUGCACACACACAUUUUUACUUUUAAUUAUAAUGUAAAUUUUACUUAAAAAAUAUAUCUCAGCAGAAUUAUUCAAGUAAAUUUUUCCAAGACCAGUCUACAUGCUUGUGUUUGCCUCUUAUUUGAGCCUUUUCUUUAUAGUUGUUCUGCUCAUUCUCACUCUCAAGUAAAUGUAAUGAUGAGUUGUCAAGACCCUCUGCUCUUUAAAUUGUUAUAUAUUGGAAUAGUCAUAGAUGAGCAACUGAAAGUACUUCAAAGUCUAAUAUGUAAAGGAUUAAGGGAGAGAGCAGGCUGAUUCCAAGUACCAACAGACACUUGUAGAUGCUGUAUAACUCUAGCUACAAGUAAUGAUGAGUUGUUGAUAAACCAAAUAAUUCAAAAUUCUCAUUUUAUGAAUUAGAUGAAUGACAUUGUGGAUGUAUUUCAAUGGCUGUUGUUUCAAAGUCAGAUUGACCUAAUGAGCUUAUUUACAGUACCCAUGGAAGCUUGUAGAUGUUUGCAUCAACAACAGGUGACUGCAACACUCUAGGGUUAUACAAUUUGUAGUUAUUCAAGGAUGAAAAAUGUUCAUAUUCUCAUCUAUUGAGUUAUCCAUUUUUCCAAAAGUGGAAUAACUUCAAAAGUUGACAUUUUAAACACAGAUGGAGAAAGCAGUCUGAUUCCAAUUACCAAAGGAAGCCUGUAGAUUGCUGUUUCAAUAACAGGUGGCAGCAUCACUCCAAGUGAAAGUAUCGACGAGUUAUUGAGGAACCAAAUGAUUCCAGAUUCUCAUCUAUUAAGUGAGCCAUAGAUUCAAAUCUGGAAUCAUUUUGAAAGCCUAUAUUUAGGCUGAGUACCACUGGAAGCUUUUAGAGUGCUUUAUCACACACAGGUGAGUACACCACUCUAGGUAAAUGUGUUGAUGACUUAGUAAGGCACCUAAUGAUUCCAGAUUUAAAUCUAUUGAAUGCACUAAAUAUGCAAAUCUGGAAAUAAAUUAAAAGCUAGCAAUGUAAAGACAGAGGGUGAGAGUGGUCUGAAGAACCUAAAAAGUAAAUUCCCACAUGGUGUCUGCACAAAUCAGGGCAACAUUUAAGACCAUCUGUUCUUAACUUUCAUACUGAGAAUAUUGAUUUGCCUUUGUGGUCACAGCAAAAGGUUUGGACACAUUUCAGCCCAUAUGGAGUUUUCUAGCACCAGCACUGUGAGUUAAUUUUUCCCAUUCCAUAGAUUUAUGCACAGGAUGUGAAUUGGGGAAUCAGAAUAGGAAUCAGAAUCGGCUUUAUUGCAAGGUAUGUGUACACAUAUGAGGAAUUUGACUAUGGAUUUUACAAUGCUCACCAUGUGUUUACUUAUAAAAUAAUAAAAUAAGACAGGCUAUAGCGGAGACAACGCAAAUAUACACACAAUAAACAAACACAGUCAUGACAUUUGCCUGCGUUCAAAGUUCAAAUUGAAGGUUGUAGACUGUUGCAUCCAGGACAGGUAGAUGCAUCACUGUAGUGAAAUUUGAUGAUGAUUAAUAAGGGCACAAAAAAUUCAAAAUUCUCAAUUGCAAAAGAUGGAUGACAUCUUGGGUGCACUUCAAAAAAACGGAAUGGAAUUGGUUGAUUUCACGUACCAAUAAAAGCUUAAACACUGCUUGAUGACAUAGAUUCAUGGGAAAUGGUCCACUAGAAAAGCCUGGAAUUAACAUUGUAAAAUAAUUAUUUAAAACUCAUACAGAAUGUGCAGGUGUUGUGUAUUUAAUAUUUUAGUAACCAUUAACAUGAAACAUAAAACCAGUUCACAAUUUUCUACUUCCUUUGUCACAGUAAGUAGAAAAAAUAAAAAAUGAAACUAGUUUCCAUGUUUAAAUUUAAUCAACAAUGUUCUUACCUUCCGUGAUUCAAUCUAUAGUAUAAUGAAUGCAUGUAGAUGAAAACAUGGACUUCCUCUGUCAACAGGAAGUAGAAGCUGCAGCAGGAGCACGGACCGCAUGUUCAACCAGAUUCAGCAAUUACUGAAUAGAAAUGGAGCCCCUCACUGCCAAGACCAAAGAUAGUGUGUCAGCGCCCCCAACUGAGCAGGUCCCAGGGAAAGAGUCAGAACCCGUGAACCUCCUGCAGCAGACUCCCAACCGGAUGCCACAAAUGCAAGAUAAGGCUGAACAAACCCCACCGGGACUGGAGCCAGGAUAUUUUCCAAUUCCUACGAUCCAGGAGACACCAGAGUUGGUACCAGAAACACCAAAAGACCAGAUGCCAAGCAGAGGAGGUGAAGAAGCCCUAGCCAGGCCGGACUUGGCAUGUGCUCAAAAACCCAUGAUGCAGGUGGAACCAGGAGUUUGUGCCACAAACCGCAUCAGAAGAGGUGUUUAGGGUUUGUUCAUGUCCCUUGUUACAGGACAGUAAAAAACAGUGCCCGAAGGAUGUGAUUAGCUCUGGUUGGGAAUAAUCAUGUUUAAGAGUUUUGAGUAAUAUGUUCUUUUAUCUUUAAAAGGAGAAAGAAUGCUGACGCUUUGAUUUGUUUGAUUUGAUUUUUAUGUUUGUAAUUUUAGUCUUUUCGUUACAUAGUCGUUCACACACACAUGCUCAUACAUACACACACAAGCACACAGGUGCACAUGCACAGACAUGCACACAUAAGUUUUGACUUUUUUUAAAUAAUGCAAUAAUAAUGUAAAUUUAACCUAAAAACAUAUCUCAGCAGAAUUUAAUUUGCAGGUGGACCCAGGAGUUUAUGCCACGAACCCCAUCAGAAGAGGGGUUCAGGGUUUGUUCAUGUCCCUUGUUACAGGACAGUAAAAAACAGUGCCCGAAGGAUGUGAUUAGCUCUGGUUGGGAAUAAUCAUGUUUAAGAGUUUUGAGUAAUAUGUUUGUUUAUCUUUAAAAGGAGAAAAAACGCUGACGCUUUGAUUUGUUUGAUUUGAUUUUUAUGUUUGUAAUUUUAGUCUUUUUGUUACAUAGUCGUGCUCAUACAUACACACACAUAAGUUUUGACUUUUUUUAUAAUGCAAUAAUGUAAAUUUCUCAGCAGAUCUCAGCAGAAUUUAAUUUAAUAAAUUUUACAGACCAGUCAA